AUGAGUUCUACUGUAUCAUCAAAAAUUAUCGGUGAUAAUCGUUUACUUAAUACACGAAGAUCAAGAUUAAUCGACAAUAGACGGUUUCGUUUGGCACCAAUAUGGCCCGAAUGGAAUGAAGCAGAGAUAAAUAUUGAAUCAUGGGAUGCUGGAAAUGUAAAGAAAAAAGAUAUAGUUGUAGUUAGAGCUCGUCCUGAUUUAAAAACAAAUAUUUCAGUGUCUGCACAUGGUUUUGAAGAUCCUGAAGGUAAAGUUGAGCUUCCUCCAUCAUUCAAAGUAGAACAAUGGAAACGGCCAAUCGAGUUUUUGGUAGCCGAUAAGUCUCCAGUAAUUGUUGAUCCUGAUGUUGGCAUUCAAAAUUUUGAUUUAGUUACACCAAAUGAACAUUUACAUCACAGUGAAACAAUGCGCAAAAUUAUUAGUGAAAUUACAGCUCUGUGGGAUAUUUGUCGAAAAGAACGAAAAAAUAUUAGUACAACAACAUAUAAUAUUCAUGAAUUUAAUAUAACUGAAAGAACAUGGCGUCCUUGGGAACAUAUAUAUGCAUUGAAUAAAGUAUCUAAACAACCGUUUAUUACUCCGUACAAUCCUUCUGGCAAAUAUAUCGUUCGACUUUUCUUUUUGGGUACUUGGCGUAAGAUUAUUAUUGAUGAUACUAUUCCAUUUGAUUCUAAAAAUCGAUGUCUUCUACCACAAACAUCAUUAUCAUAUGAACUUUGGCCAAUGCUUUUAUCAAAAGCUUUAUUAAAAAUAAUUUCUCUUGAUUUCAAUGCAUCAAAUGAUUUUCCUGAAUCUAAUGAAGCCUCAGUUAUUCAUUCACUUACUGGUUGGAUACCAGAACCUAUUCCUCUUAAAUAUACUCAUGCUGGAAAAGUAUGGGAUUUUCUUCGUUAUGAUCGUUCUAAUCAAUUCGUUGGUGUAAAUGACAAUGUAAUAAAUAAAAACGUAUCAUCUUUUGGACCUAUACCAUUAUUCAAAUGGCCUGAUUCAAAAGUUCAUCUACAGGAAGAAACAAUAUCAAUGAAUGGAAAUGUAAGAUCUUUUAAUCAUUUGAAUACAAUAAAUCUUGUUUCAGUCAGUAGUCCAAAUCUUAAAACUCCAAAUGAUACAAAAAAAUUAAUCGGAACAAGUCGUGCAGGUCCAAUAGAAGAUUCUGGAUUUUUUAUCGAUGAUCAAAUGAUUCCUGAAGCACCAAAAAUGCUUGUUUUCGCUACUAUACCUCACUUACAACCAACACGUAUUAGUUCAUAUAGUGAAACAGCUGAUAGAAGUGAACGAUUAAGACAUUAUAAUUUAAAUGAUACAUUCUCAACAUCAGUGCUACUAACGUCUAUUCGAGAUAUUCCAUUGGAACCACCGCCCCCACCAGAAUAUGUACCUCCUUGGAAACUUAUUCGACCAAAAAAACCUAUCGUAUUACCUCAUGCUGAACCUAUAAUUCCACAUGAAUCUAAACCUGAACGUUGGAUUGAAAUUACUUCACCUUAUAUAAAUUAUUCAAUAGCAAGUGCUCUUAAUAUAAAAACAACAACUCAAUCUCAUCCGAUUGAUCAUAAUAUUACAAUCGUCAAUACAUCUUCACGUUUACAUCGUACCGCGAAACAUUUAGCUGUACCUGGUCAAUCAAAUAUUAUUGAAAUAGAUGAAGAUAUUGAAAAUGAAAAACUAAAACCCGAACAAACCAUGGAAUUCGUUCGAAGUACAACAAAUAUAAGUUCAACAUCAAUAAGGAAAGAGUCACAUGUAAUUGACACUCACGACAAAUCUGAUGAUUCGGUACGUAGUACAGGGAGCAAACACAAAUACGAAAUACCAAUUGAUAAAAUUAAAACUCCUCGAAAAUCUGCUGCAAGUGGUAUAAAAAUACCAUCUGAUACUGUAUCAACGAAAAGCAAAGGUGGUGAAAAUGAACACAUUACAAUACCAAUCGACGUACAAUCGACAGGAAACAAUAAUGAACAACAAAAUUAUUCAUUAAGUAAUCUAAAAUCAAUAAAAAAACCAUAUAAAACACCAAAAAUAUGGAUGGAUUUUGAUGAUUUUUGUGCUUGUUUUACUUCAAUUAUUGUUUUCCAUAAUCCUCGUGGUUAUCACUAUGCACAUAAGCAUACAGAAAUAAAAUUUGCUCCAUAUCAACAACCAGUGAUUACUUCUCUAAAAGAAAAGAAAAAAGAACCUAAUCAAUCAACUGUUCAAAUACCAAAUCUGCAAGAUGAUAAACCUUCAUUAUAUUUAUUUGUUGAUAGUACACGUGACAUAUUAGAUAAAAAUAUUCAGCUAAUUAUUAGUUUAACAUGUUUGUCACGAUGGUAUGAUACUGUACUACCUGAAUUUGUUGGAUUGAAUGAAAAAAGUUUUCGUAAUACAAAUGUAUACACUGAAAAAACUUCAAUUGAUGUUAAUCAAGCAAGAAACUCAGUAUCACAAAAAGAGAUUCUACCACAAGCAGGUUCACUCAUAGCUGAGUUGUAUUCAUGGAAAUCACUUAGAAUGGGACAACCUAUUCUUCGUCUUCAUACAACAGCAACGAAAGCUGCUUUACUAACAUUAUCACCUGGUCGUCAUGUAUUAAAACUUACUGAUACAUGUCCAUUUGCUUGUAACGUGCAAAUAUUAUCUGAUACAAAUGAUUUUAUGCUUGCUGAUGAAGAUCAAUUAUUAAAUAAAAUUACUUUUAUGCCUGAAGAUGCUGAUUUUAUACUACGAGCUGAAGAAUUAUUUCUAGCACUAGAUGAUUCUAUACAAAAUUUUCAUUUGAUUGGUCAACAAGAAAAUAAAUUAUAUGAUCUUCUUAGUUUAUAUUGUGAAAAUGCACCAAAAUCACUUGAUCUUACUAUUCAAACAUGUUUUAAUAUAUUUAAUCAAGCAUUAUAUUCCACUUUACGAACCGUUCUUACUGUAUCUGGAUCAGGAAUUAGUGUAGAUACACAAUUUGCUUGGCGAUGUUUUACGAAUGAUCUUGCAACACCAGAUAUUUUGUCUGCUUAUGAAACAAAACGUCCAAUUGUUAGAAGUCUCAGCCGUCAUUCAGCACGAACUGCUGGAAAUUCUUCUGCAAGUACAGGAACACCUACUACAAGUAAAAGAAGUACUGGAGGACGAGAGAAAAAUGUGGACGAUAGGUCUAGUUCAAAACAACAAUUUUCAUUGACGAAUUCACCAUCAACAUCAGAUAUACAAGAAGAAGCUUUGUCUGAUUUGUUAACACAUGAAUUAAACGAAAGUGAAAUAGCAGCUAUUACGAAUAUUCAAAAAAGUAUUCGAGGAUUUUUACAACGUCGUAUUGCACUUGCUCGUACAUCUGGUACGGAAAAAAAUUUAUUUAUUCAACAAAUAUUACAAUCAAGCAUGUCGUUACUUAAAGUUGAUCAAAAUAAAUCAGCUUUACUUCUUUUUAAAAAUUUCAUAUCAAUCAAACCUGAAUUAGUUCAAUGUUUUACAUUUGGUGAUGAUGAUUGGAAUAUGGUCACAUAUCGAGAUUAUAAUGGAAUAUAUCAAGAACAAUCAGCAAAUAAGUGGUUUGUUUUAUUUCGAGAAAUUUUUUAUAUUAAUGAAGAGUGUUUCAUCGCUGCUAAAUUUCUUUCACAUUUACCAAACACACUUUUACGUGUAAUCAAUAAUGAUACAUAUAAUGAAAUGCCAUUGGUAUUCAAUCGAUUACGACCAGGAAUCUUUACUAAAAAUAAAAAUGGUUACACAUUUUUUGCUGAAGGAAUAUCGCUUGAUCAAUUAAUACCAAGUGAUCGUUUUCGUCUUCGUUUAAUAACAUCAUAUACACAGUUACCUGAAAUGCGUACUGAUCAAAUAACAUCAUCAUUUAUUACAAAAGAUAUUACAGAUUAUUAUAUUCCAAAUAAAGACCAAAUUAUAUGCAGAUAUCACAUUAUUACUUCUGAUAAUAUUAAUCAAACUGGUCUAAAUUAUCAUUUAGCUAGUAUUCAUUUUAGUACAUCAAAGUCGGAUGUUUUAAUGCGUUUAACGGUCUUAGAUAAUAACGAAGAAAUAGUUAGUGUUGAAGGAAAAGGAUGCGUUGUUUUACCUGCAGUACUUUUUAUGCGUACAAUUACCAAUGUAGUACAACCGCCACCUGUAUCAAAGCCAAACUCAAGAACGACAGGAGGAUCACGUAAAAAAGAUUUAAACAAUACUCAUCAAGGAAAUGUUGCUGAUUUAACAACAAUAAAUAGCGCCCGAUCAGACAAAGAUAGAAUUGGGAAUGGAAUGAGAAAUUUACAUAAAUAUAUUAUUCAAGUAACACUUCUUCGUAAGUCCUGGCCAUUAACAGCAAAUCAAUGGCAAUUUGUUGAACAACUUAAAGAACAAGAAAAAAAUGAAUUAAAAGUUUUUAAUCGACAAUUAUCAGCAAAUAAAAUUGAUCGACCAAUUAGCGAAUCAACAAGUAGCAAACGAACAGGACAAGCAAGUUCUACCGCAUCGACAACAAGCAGUCGGACAAAAAGUAGUACUGCUGGGAGUGGUAGAACUAGUACGACAUCAUUAAGUCGACCGAAAUCGUUAAAAGAAAAUAUAGAAACAACGAUUGAUACAAGUAAACCUCAUUGGAUAUUACGAAUAGUAUCCGAUGCAGAUAAAGCUGAUGAAUUAACAAUUAAAAAAGACACUGAACGAAAUGAAGAAUUAAUGAAUAUAAAAAAAGCAUGGGAAACAUUACAAGUUGGUCGAGCUGAAAAAGCAAUGGAAUCGAGACAAAAAUUCCUUGAUUCUUCACAAUUAAAAGUUGACGAAGUUUCAUUAGUUGAAACAACUGAUGAUACAACAAAUGUUUCAGAAAUUCGUACUGAUGAAGAAACAACUAGUACAAUUAAUUCUUCAAUUUUAGGACAACAACAAAUUAUCAAACAAACUCCAACAACAAAGAAAAGCUUUUUAUUCAUGAAAAAAGGAUCCGUUAAAGAAGAAACUAUGAAAAAAACUGAAUUAAUUUCACCAUCUCUUUCAUCAUCACCACAAAUCGAUGAACCUCUUCUAGAUGAACCACCACCAAGCAAGCCUAAAAUUAUUUUAACACCAUUAGAUUUAAAACCUUUUCUCAAACAAAAACUGCUUUCUGAUGAGCCAAUUAUAUCUGAUUCAUUAUUUGAACAAGAAGAUUUACAACGUCGACAAAGUAAUUUCACUGAAUAUUCGAAACAUGCUGAUGAAAUUCGUCAACUUCGUCAAGAAGAUCAAAAUAAUCGAUAUAAAGAAAAACUUCGUCAAUUAGACGAAUAUGUUAGUUUGCAAGCUAAAACUGAUCAAAUUCGUCGAACAAUUAAUGAACCACGUGAAGCAUUUCGACAACGAUUUCUUGAAAUUGAACGUAUACGUCUACAAGAAGUUGCUGCUCAAGAAAAAAAAUUAUUCGAUGAAGAAAAAGCAAGAUUAGCAGCUAUGAUUAAACCAGUUAAAAAAAAAACUUCACCUGGAAAAAAGAAAAAGAAAUAA